AUGCUCCUCGCCGAGGAUCCAGCCACUCUCAUCCACCACACCAUCAACAACUUCAACAUCCAGCCCGACAAGCUCGCCGUCAGCCGCAUCUCGGAAUCCCUCUCGACGCUCCAGCAGGCGCGCGAGCUGCACCUCCGCGACAGCGACGCCACGCUCAAGAGGCUCGCGCGGCAGCUCAACACCAUCAACGCGCAGCACGACGAGCUCGCGUCGUCCCAUUCCUCGGCCGACCACGCGUCCACCAUUGCGCGCCUCGACACGCACAAGUUCCGCGUCGCAAAGGCCGCCUCCGACGCCGAGAUGGAGGCGGAGCGCCUGGCGCAGCAGGCGGCCGAUCUCGCGGCGCGGCUGCAGGAGCUGGAGCUGCAGGGCGUCGACGGGUCCGAGGAAGGGAGGAGGAGGGAUCCUGUGGACGACGAGGUGUUGCUGCGGCUCAAGGUGUAUCGGAGUCUCGGGAUUGAGAUUGAGAGGGAUGAAAAGGAUGGGGAGUGGGCGAGGGCCGUGGUGAGGAAUGAUCGCAAGGGGGAUGUGCAUGUGGUGAAUCUGGAUAAGAAGUUUUCGCGGUACUUUUACGCAAAUUACUUUUGGCAGACGCUGUGA